UAACCUCCGAGAAGUUAUCGCCAAAAUUUCAAAUUGUGCGGCACCUCGAUAAUCGCGGGGUCGGAGAGACGUGACUUUAUCGCCGAAAUGCCGGGCCCAAGUUCCAACGAAUGCGACAAUAUUAUUUUCACUUCCUUUUGAUUAUAAUAAUGAGAGGCUCGUACCACAGUGAAAAGUUGCAAGAGCUCCGAUGGAGUUGACUUUUUGAGUGUUGAAAAGAAUUUAAGCAGGCGCGUCAAGCGUCAACAGAAUUUAAAAAUUAUCAAUACACAGUGUUUACAAAAGUGCUUUCAACCGAAGAGGGGACACUGCAGUUGGACCGAAAAAUCAGUCACUCAGUCGUCGAUCGAUCUUUGCACCGCUUCGGUUUUUAUUCCUUCUUCAACGUCACACCUGAGGUUCUCUGUUUCUUUUUUUUAUUCAUAUCCAGAGGAUAUUCGACGUGGAAAAUGUUCGGGAGAAAAGUUUUGCUAACUAUCGCCAGUCUACUGAUUCUCGAAUCGAAUAAAUGCUCGUGCACCACAAAUUUCGACGAGGAAGAAUGGUGGGAAAAUAUGCUGGUCUAUGAAAUUUGGCCGACUUCUUUUCAAGACAGUGACGGAGACGGAAUCGGCGAUUUACAAGGGAUAAUCAGGCGUCUGGAUUAUCUAGAGGAUUUGGGAGUCGAGACGAUAUGUCUCAACCCAAUAUUCGCAUCUCCGCUUUCCGACGGUGGUUUCGAUGUUUCCGAUUACGAAAACAUAAACAGGAUUCUCGGAAAUCUCAGUGAUUUCGACAAGCUCGUUCAAGAGGUGCACGAUCGCGACAUGAAACUCGUUUUGGACGUUGUCCCAAAUCACACGAGUGACGAGCACAAAUGGUUCGAGGCGUCGAAAAACAUGCUCGCUCCUUUCGAGGAUUAUUACAUUUGGGCAAAUGGCACUUUCACUCCAGAUGGCACUCCCGUACCACCGAAUCACCAGAUCGUGGACGAAAAUGACGUGAAAAAUUCCGUGUGGAGUUACAACUCGCGCCGAGGACAAUGGUAUUAUCACACAUUUGGGGAAUUUCAGCCGGAUUUGAACCUCGACAAUGCAGACGUUCGGCGAGACGUGAUGGGCAUAUUCGAUUUUUGGUUAAACAGGGGAGUCGAUGGUUUCCGAAUAACCGGGGCUCCUUAUUUCUUCGAAGAUUUCCAUUUGGGAAACGAUCGAGCUGCCGUCCGUACAAAUAACUUUUCAGACGAAUCAAGAAACGUUCAAUUUCUGUACGAUAUUCGCGAGCACGUUGAUCAGUGGGCCAAAUUAAACAGCGCCAAUUCCAAAUAUUUGACCACCUCGACUUACGAUACGAAGGAACAUUUGUUGUCGUACUACACGGAAAAAAAGAAUGACACGAUGUCGGUUAUACCGCCGAAUUAUUGUUUCCUCCAAGGUAACGUCGUUGCUGGCCCGAGUGCCAGUCGAUUGGGGCACGUCAUUGAACAAUGGCUCAAUGCGAUCCCGAUGAACGAGAGCACUGUUUGGAUGCUCUCGAAUCGCGAUACUUUGAGAAUCACAUCGAGAGUUGGUCCCGACAGGCUCGAUGCUCUCCUCAUGUUGAGCAUCUUGUUGCCCGGUCAAACCUACACCUUCUACGGAGACGAGAUAGGCCUCUCGGACAUUCCCAUUCCAACGAUUGGCAAAACCCACGCCACACUUCAGACUUAUUCGCCGAUUGCUCUGAUGCAAUGGGACGACUCGUUGUCAGCUGGUUUCUCCAAUGCAACGCAUUUGUCUAUACCGAUCCACGAUAAUUACAUGUACAUUAACGUUGCCGAACAACUCAAGGAUCCCCACAGCCACCUGAACGUUUUCAAAAAACUUGCACACUUGAAAUACGAAUUUGUGAUUCGUCACGGUGACUGGGAAAUCGAAAGCAUGAACGACGAUACUGUAUUCGUAUUGCGAAGAACGUUGACGGAUCACCCAAUCUACAUCCUCGUAAUUAAUCUGUCGAAUGACCAACAAAUAGUGAAUAUGACCAAGUUGUAUCCAGAUUUGAAGGAGUAUCUCGACGUCAUUGUCACGUCCGGAAACGAUAACAUGUUGAGAGAAGUUGUCUCUCGGAAUUAUUUUCCUGUUCGACCGAACGCUGGAAUCGUUCUGAUGUCAGACACGAACGAAAACGUCAACAGUUCAGAAAUCGAUGUUGGGCGGGAAGGGACAAAAGAAUUGGAAAACUCGCAAUUUGGGAUUCGAGGAAACGCAACGGCAGGAGAACCAAAUGAUGCUGCAGAAAAAAAACUCGACGACGAAGUAAAAGAAUUUGAAAAAACAGAAGAAGCAAAGGUGGAAGAGGGAGAAAAAGGAAACGUAGAAGCAGAUGGGAGAGAAGAAAAAACAAGCGCAGAAACAGCUGAAAAAGAGAAUGUAGAAAAAGAAGUAAAUCUGAAGAUUCCAGUCAAAGAGAAUGAAAUGGAAGAAAAAAAUAAAAAGACAGCAAAAGAAGCAACGCUUGAAAGAAAAGUUCUAGUUGAAGAAAAAAAACAAGACUCACAACCGAAACAAAAGAAUGGAGAGAACAAUGAGAAACUCGCCACCGAAAUUCCUGAGGAGAUAUCAAUGGAAAAUAACAGUGACAUAAAAAAACAAACAUAUGAGAACGUACGAACCGAAAGCAAUUCAACGGUCGAAACUACAUCACAAAGACCAUCCUCCACUGACAGGACUACCGAAACGAGACCGGUUACUGGGGGCAAAAACUCUGUAAUGGCUGAUUGGCAUUUGUUAACGAUUGUCAUUACAAAUUAUAUAAUUGUUAGAAUUUGUUAAAUCUCAAGAGUGUAAUAAAA